AUGGCUGCCAGAAAAGAAGACUUCUCAGUCAAGAAUAUCUCUAGAAAGCUCGGUGGAGAAAGAGGAAUCCGAAACCCUAACGGCCCAACUUCUUCACAUGACCUCUUCGAACAAAUGGAUUUCCUUUACGUAGAAGUAAUCAAAGCCAUUAACAAAAACUCUAUCGUGAACCCCAUAGCAAACCCCAUCGUGGAAAUCACUCUCGGAAACUACAUAUCAUCCACCAAAACUCUACCACUCCGACCAAACGGGGAGUGGAAUCAAGUAUUCGCUUUCGACAAAACAAAAGGCGAUGUCUUAUCGGUUACACUAAAAGAUGGUCGAUGGGAGAACGGUGGUAACGUGUUCGGCAAGCAAAACUUUAAGCUAGCCGCUGAUAUUCCAUUUAGGGUUCCGCCCGACGCAAGAAUCGCGCCGCAGUGGUACUCUAUGGGAACUCACAUGGAACUGAUGAUGUCGAUUUGGUUCGGCACACAAGCCGACGAGGUUUAUCCGCAAGCAUGGUUUUCAGACGCGUCUGAUGUCAGCUAUAGUUGCGUGAUCAACACGCGACCUAAACUUUACCUAGCGCCAAGGCUCUGUUACGUUAGGGUUACGAUUGUUUCAGGUCACGAUUUGAUUUGUAACGAUGCAAAGCGGACACCUUGUGUUUACGUGAGAGCAACUCUCGGUGAUGUCGAACUAAACACCGAGGUUUCUUUCGGUUCGAACCCUUCUUGGAAUCAAGAUCUCAUUUUCGUCGCAUCAGAGCCGUUAGAAGAAACGGUCUACAUAACCCUAUUCGACAGAGUCAACGAUCGACACAGCGAGUGCAUAGGGGUAUUAGAGAAGAAGCUCUCUGAGAUGAAUGCGGUUAAAGUUCCGGGAUCAGCACCAGCCUUGUUCUACGACAUUGAACCGCCGGUUAACGUCGAACCGGCUGGCGAUUCGAGGCGGUUCUCUAGUAGAAUCAAGAUGAAACUAGCUACUGAUCAAGCUUAUCAUGUAUUCGACGAAUGCAUUCAAUACUCUAGCGAUUAUCGAGCUUUCGCUAAAGGGCUAUGGCCUGACUUGCUCGGGAAGCUAGAGAUUGGGAUUUUGGGGGCUACCGGUUUACAACCGAUGAAAGAGUGGAGAGAUGGGAGGAGGAGCACUGAUGCUUAUGUUGUGGCUAAGUACGGGAACAAAUGGGCGAGGACUCGAACUGUGGUCGGUAGCUUUUCACCGAAGUGGAACGAACAGUACUCGUGGGAUGUUUACGAUAAAUGUACAACCGUUACAUUCGGAAUAUUCGACAAUCAUCAGCUCGUUUCGGGUAAUACUAUGAAUGAUAAUUUGAUUGGGAAAGUAAGGAUUCCACUGAGAUUAUUCGAGUGGGACAGGAUCUACACUUAUUCCUGUCCCAUUCUUGUUCUAAGGGAAAACGGAUUAAAGAAAAUGGGCGAGCUUCAGCUCGCCAUUCGUUGCCUUUGUGUAGCGAAACCGUAUGUACUAGCUACGUCGUCUUUCCGAUGGAUGCUACCGAAAGCUCAUUACAAAUCUCCACUGUCGGUGAUUCAGACGACAGUGGAUCUGCGAACACAAGCGAUUCGUUUGAACUGUCUGAACCUGGCGAGGACCAAGCCGCCGUUGAGAAACGAGGUCGUUUUGGAUAUGUUGAGGCCGACGAAUAAGAGUUUCAGCAUGAGGAUAACCAGAGCUAACUUGGAGAGGCUUCGUAGAGUCGCUAAGAUGUUCGGUUGGUGUGUUUGGAUGAAGGAAACGGUCAGAUCAACGACGGAUUUUCGUCCGAAAAUCAUUACAUGUGUUGCAAGCGUAGUGGUUGUGUUUGGUUGGUAUUGGCUCUUGUGUCUCGCGGUUUGGCCUGUGUUUCCGGUUUACCUAGCGGGUUUAGCUCUACGGGAAAUGUUUAGAUUCUUCAAGGGAGAGUUCAACAGGUUGGUGCUUGGGGUCGAGACGAAUCCUCCUCCUCCUUUGGUUCCUGUAGAUUUGAAGCUUUGGGGACUCGACUCGCCAGACCUAGACGAGUUGGCUGAGGAGUUGGACACGUUUCCGUCGUCGGUGAUCGAUGUGGACGUUCUUAGGAUGAGGUACGAUAGGUUGAGGGCGACGGGGGAGAAUGUGAUGGUACUAUUAGGCGACGUUGCUUCGCAGUGCGAACGUGUUCUUGCGGUCUUGUCGUUGCUUGAUAGUCCACUUGCUUGGAUUUGCUUCUCGCUUGGUUGUUAUGUGAUGGUGGUCUUUGUGUACGUGUUUUGGGAUCACGUGAUUUUUUUUCAGAAGUUUGUGUUUAUCUGCUUUGUUGUCCGUUGGGUUAACUUCCCGUGUUUCCGCAACGAUUUGCCUAGUGGUAUCUGCAACUUCUUCAGAAGAUUGCCGACCAAACAAGGUCCCAUGUUCUGA